AUGACUACAUUAGAUGGCUUUCCGGCCAGUUUCUAUGGCGAGCCGGGAGUUUUAGGCAUGUUAUCCAAUGGGAUCAGUGCAUUCCUUGUACUUCUACAGAACUUCAGUACAGCACACACUGGCAUCGCACCGCAAGGGGUGGAGAACAUACUUGCAGGUGUUCAUCUCAUCCUGAUUGGUGGUAUAUGCCAACUGUUGGCUGGCCUGCUUUCCUUCCGAAAAUACGAUCAUCUGAGUGGCACUGCCUUCAUUGGCUAUGCUGCUCUUUGGGGCAGUUAUGGUGCCACUCGGAUUUACUUUGGUGCAGUAGCUGAAACUCCCACAACAGAAACUAACGUAUCAAGCAACAUGCUGCUGAAUGACACCACAGAGACCCCAGUUUGCUAUUUAUGUCUGUCCAUUAAAGAGUCAGCUGUUGCUGGUCUCGUCCCCUAUAUCCUUCUGUCCUUUCUCCUCGCCUUUUGCUCUGCCACAGUCAACUACAUCAUGCCUUUUGUUUUUGGGGCAAUCACAGCCACUUUAGUUUUUGAAGCAGUGGUUCUGAUGGCAGGUUCUUGGGCUCUGGUGGUCUCUGGGAUUCUCGAGUUGCUCAUUCUGAUCUUCGCCAUCUACGGUUCAGCUGCACUGCUUGUCAAAGGUCUGACUCAGCGUCUGGCCCUCAAAGGCUUCGGGACACCCCUCUUCAAUGUUCUGUUGCUUGGUACCACCAACUCAGCAAGCACCCAGAGCACUGGCCAAGAGAAGAAGAAAAACACAAAGUAUGCAGAGCCAAUGGCAUUGGGUUUCUUCAGUGACACUGUUGCACCCUUCAUCUUCGCCUUCUACAGCUUUGGGUACAUGAAGUCCUUUGGCUUGGGUGCUGCAUGGGUGUCAAUCGUCUCAGUCGCCCAGCUGUUCUCCAGCUACUAUGCCCAUUUGCGCCAAGAUUGCUACCACACUACAAAGUUUGGUCUUCAUGCCACAUAUUGGCUGAUCAAGGCUUGGGAUGAGUUUGUGGCAUCUGCUCUGAUUGUGAAGGACAGUGAAGUGACCUCAGGGAGGGAAAUGAUGGUGGGAGACUGGUUCUUUGUGGUGGCAGCCUUGGUGCUCUGUUGUGGAAGCCUGAACAUCGAUGUCCUGGAGCUGAUCCACAACAUGCUCUUCGUCCUGCUGACAGUCUCCACAGUCCCCCAGAUCCCUCUCCAGGGAUACUACAUUUUCUUUGGUGUAGCUUGCUCUCUCUUCUGCGCAACCUCCCUGUAUGGUACCUUCUCACGUCUCAUCAACACUAUAGCAGAGAAGUCUCUCAUCCCUGUAGGACCACAGCCCGUCUCCACUCACCAACUGAAGAAGGCUUUGACGUGUGGAAGAUCUGAACAGGGAGACCAGGAGGUGUUGCUCCAAAUGGACCACACUUCAGACGCCCUGUUCUACCUGUCAAAUGGGGUUGCAGCUUUCUCGGCUAUUCAGGCUGCUGUUUCCAGCACAAACCCCUCCUUCCUUCAUCUGACUGUCCCUUGGGUCCUCAUCUCUGGAGCUAUCAUCCAGGCCUAUGUCAGCCGGCUGCAAGUCGCAGGAGCAGGCAGAUUCGGAUCAGUAAUCUCAUCAAUCUAUGUGGUAGUAUGGGCCACCUGGACCUGGUUUAGGUUUGCAGGUAAACUGCUUCAGUUUUCUACAGAGGCUGCUUACGGUUUUACAGCAGGAGCCAUUGCUCUCCUGGUCAUUAAUGCUUUCCUCAUGGUGAUUGCUGCCUAUAGGAACCUGGUUUUGCUGUUUCUAACAGCAGUCAUGGAGGUUGUACUAGUCUGUUUCCUGCUUUCCACCCUUCAGCGACUGCCAUACCAGCUAGAAGUGGCCAUGCUUGUGCUGCUUUCUAUAAUUUGUAUAUAUGGAGCUCUGGCGUCAAUGUUGAACUGCAUCUUCUCACAGAGAGUGUUACCUAUGGGCCCUCCCUUCUUAAAGGAGAAAAUGAAGCAGGAGACUGCUCCAGAGCUACACUGUCCUGAGGCUAACUCUCGACUCACCAGUGGUCUUCUGGAGAUCGCUGGCCUGCUGGAGAAAGGCGGAGUAUGUGGCAUUCCCACAGACACUGUGUAUGCCCUGGCUGCAUCCUGCAAGAACCCUCAGGCAAUAGAGAAAAUCUACAACAUUAAAGACAGACCAGCGGAGAAGCCCAUCUGUAUUUGCAUUUCUAGUGUGGAGCAGCUGGUGGCAGCCAAACCUCCCUUCAGUCCUCUGCUCUGGGAGUUUAUGAGGAACGUGUAUCCUGGAGGCAUCAGCUGCAUAGUGAGCAAAGGAGACUGGCUGUUCAAACUGGGAGUGGGACCAGCUUAUGACCGUGUUGGUACCAACAACAGCAUCAUGAUCCGUGUCCCUGACCACACUGUGACUGGCCACCUUUGUGACAUCACUGGACCCCUUGCCAUUACCUCAGCCAAUCCCAGUGGAGAGCCAGACAGCACCCACCACAGCAUGGUCGUCAACCGACUAGGAGAGAAGAUCCAAGGGGUUCUGUGCGAUGGGGAUUCUAAUGAAGUUGUUGCUUCCACUAUAGUCAACUGCCUGAGGAUUGAUGAAGGGACAAUCACCAUUGUGAGAGAAGGCUGUGUCCCUGCAGUAAAAGUCAGACAGAUCUUUGACAGAGUGAGAAACAUGAUGGGUGAAUGUUAGAGAGCCAAUUUCUCUCCUUCAGAGAGCCUCUUCACUCCUGGUUCCCUAUAAGAUUAGCUUCUUCAGCUCCCGUAUUUUCCUUCCACCAUCUCAAGGACACUUUAUGAACAAUAUAAGAUUGAGUGAAAGUGGAUGUCUGCUAAGCAUAGAAUUUAUUUGACAUGAAGAAUCUUUGCAAGAACUUUGAUAUUUAAGUUUGUUUCAAAUAAUAUCGAACAAUCUUCAUAGAAUGACUGUUGUAAAAGGUUAAUGAUUCUGUAAAUAUGUAUUUAUACAUUUAAAUUAUACUGCACACUUAUCUGAAUUUUAAGGGUGCGU